AUGUCAUCCCGCGAACCCCACCGAUCCCGUGUGGACGGAUGGGCGUGGCACACCGGGUCAGACCCUGAGCAACCCAGAAGAACCCACCCCACCUCGCUGUCAAACCGAAAUGCUAAAAGGGAGCUAGAAGCGUUGUCACCAAUCUGGACGACAUUCGAUGUCGACGUCGUCGCAUCCUUUAGCUGCAACGAAUUGGGCCACAAUCAGGCACACAGAACAUGUCACCAUGACUCGGUUCUAUAUCGUACUGACGGUACUGUAACCUUCAUCAUAUAUCACAAACGCGAAGACUUGUGUCCUGCACUCCGGCAGCACGGAGACGUACGCUCCACCGUUCGAUACUCCCGAGGCUACAACGCUGUCUCGCGAUUGGCAACCGAAAUGCGCGGCACCGCCGUCUCACCAACACCAUCGCUGCGGCCGUUGACGUACAUACUACAUACACGGUGGCCAGGUCGGCCGCAUCUGCAAGCGACAGCGUUUCCGGCAAGCUGGUCCUAUCCUCCCUUGGCUACCGCUCCACACGUUAUUGCUCGCCUCGAACGGCAUCUGCGUGAGGUCACCACACCCCCCGCUCAUCGGAAAACCAAUCGAAGGGUAAUGCUGGCACUAACGAACCGUUACUCAUGCCGCGGCGUACUCAUUGGGGAGGAAACAAGCUUCGAUAUGUGGCUGCUCGCCGAGUGCCCAUACGACGGACGGCUCACGACAAGUGGUGGUAAUAUACAAGAAUUCGCUUACUCUGGCCUGUCCCGAAAGCUAGCUACCAUACCCUAUGCAAGCAUCGCGCGCCCUGCUAUUUCCUAA